AUGGCUUUCACUGAUGACGCUGUCAAAGCAAAGCUAUCAGCUCUGAAUGACUCGCAGGAGAGCAUUGUCACUGUUGCGCAAUGGGUUAUGUUCCACAGACGCCAUGCUGAACGGACUGUACAAAUUUGGCUACAAAAGAUUCGCGACUCGCCGCCUCCUAAGCGACUCAACCUGAUCUACCUGGCCAAUGAGGUGGCCCAACAAUCUAAAGUACGCGGGAAAAAUGAUUUCCUCAUUGCGCUAUCUCCGAUAAUUGUCGAUGCUACGUCAGCAGCUUACAAAGGAUCGUCAAAUGAAUACCAACAAAGGAUUCGCCGAGUCGUGGAGGUCUGGAGACAACGCAACGUAUUUGAUGGAGCUAUUUUGGAUGCAGUUGAAGCUCGUGUGGACGACCUCGACAAAGCUCGCCCUACAAACAAGAAGCAAACCCUCGGAGGCUCCUUCUUCAAGGACACUUCUUCGGGAUCCACCCCGUCCGAACUACAGCCUCUCAACCCGUUGCAGAUUGCUCUCAACAAGGCUGUCAUCAACUCAAAUACUUCCGCCACAACCGCUACUUCGGAGUUCGAUAAACUUCUUGAUCCCAAUACCCCGAAGCCUACACUGCCAGUUCACGCUGCACGGCUAAGUUCACUCUUGAAGACGCUCGCCAACGCAGAAAACUCCGUCUCCGAGGUAAUCAAAUCGCGCCGCGCCUUGAUCGAUGGACUUGAAAAGAUCCUGCAGACCAACCGCGCAGAGCUAUCGAGGGAAGAGGCCCUUAGUGCUGGACUCUCGGAGAAGAAAACCUCAGUCGAUACCAAGAAGCGCGAGGUCGAGGAUGCGAUUAUGCGCGCUCUACCCAGUGAAGAGUCCCGCACAAACCCCGGCGAACACAGUGGACACGACAACGCAUUCAGCCGCCCUGAAGUCGAGGCAUUGACGCCUCCCCCGGUGGAAGCUAUUACGCCAGUGGGAUCCCCACAGCCAGAAAAGCAACAGGUUCGCCGUGGCCCUUUUACUGAAGAGGCGGACGACGACAUCUCAGAAUGGAACCCUAUGAACAUCCCUGACAUGCAGCAGUCAGGCAACGGGACUGCCAUCUCGGAUCAAUCUACUACUUCUCCGCACCAUGGCAAUGACUUUGAUAAUGCCUCCGAUGGCCAUGCAAAGAGGCGCAAGAUCUCGCACGGCGAGGAGGACUAUGCGGCUUUUGCGGCCGGCGAUCUAGAUGCCGAUGUGGCUGACCUGCUUGCCACUCAGGGCAAACACUAA